GUAAAAAGUUUCAUUGCAAUAACAUUCUGAAUUCUAUAUCUCUUUGGACAAUUCUCAAGGUGGUCAUUGCAUUCUUAAUUUUCCGGAAAAAAUGUUGCCGCAGCUCUUCAAAACAUGUUAUGUUCUUGUGGUGCUUUUAUUACUAGCCAAUUCUGGAAUGUCUGCAAGACCAACCUCUGAGCUUCCCUCUGCUCCUAUAACUUCAGCAGUAUCUGAAUCUAUGUUUCUUCCAGACACCCAGAUUACUGAAUCUGAACCAGGAGCUCUCUCUCCGACAUAUUCUUCUCUUCCUCCUGCCGCUGAUGUUCUUGAAACCAAAUACAAUGAGACUCUUUCUCAGGACAAUCCAUCUCCUCCUCUAGCAUCUCCUCCCUACGCCAGUGAUGUCAGUCAGUCGGUUGAUGCCUCGGUUCUUGACACCAGAAACGAUGAAAAUCUAUCUCAGGUGAUCAUAUCUGUUCCUCCUCCUUCUUCUCCAUCAACCGUGCAGGAUUCCCCGGCUGUUGAACCCAAAAACAUUGAAGAUCUUUUUCAAGAGAACACCUCUCUUCCUCCUUCUCCUUCAUACACCGAUGUUCCUGCUCUUGACACCACCGAUGGUGGAAGUUUCUCGCAGGAGAAUUCCUCUGUUUCUUCUCCUUCUCUUUAUGCCGACGGAAGUGCUCUCUCCGAUGACGUUAAAUCCCCAGCUAUUUCACCGUCAUACCCUGACACCCCUGCUUCCGAAGCAACCAACGGGGAAAGUUUUUCCGAUCAGGGGAACCAAUAUGGUACUUCAAUUGUAUAUUCUUCGGCCCCUGAAACAAAAACAGAGGCAGACAUCUCUCCAGAGUAUUCCUCUUCCGUCGCCGCCGCUCCUCCUUCCAAUGCGGAAACAACACAAAACCCUGAAAAUGUACCUGAGAUGAAUGACUACAUCUCCACACCCAAAUCAGCAGCGCCUGCACAGGUAGUGCAACUCCCCUUCCCAGAAUCAGACGCAGAGCCGACAACCCAGAUGGCUCCUUCAACGGUGAAUGGUGACGGUGUUGAUUUGGCGCCGAUUAGCCAUCACACGAUUUUGCCUUUCAAUUAUAGGGCAGAGGAUGAACCUGUCGAACCAUAUGAAGAUGAGGAGUCGUCUUGGGACAGAAUGAAUGGGGCGCUGGCAGGAGUUCUUGUAGGUGUUUGUGUAGUUGGAGUGGGAGGUUUCGUGUACAAAAAGAGGAAGAACAAUCUGAGGGCACAGUACGAGAGCUUGGCUAAGAAAGGAGAGCUCUAAAUUCUAAAAGACUCAACUCAUCAACUUCCAUGACUCUCCCUGUUGAAGCCUUUCUAGGUUUAGAAAUGUGUCUAGUAAUCAUAAAGGACCAGGAAUUGAACUGCUGUUUGCUUGAGGUAUUAUGAAGUGGUGAAUUUCUCUAAUGUAAAACAUAAAUUCUUAAUUGAGAUGAAUAAGUAUGCUAUAAUUUU